AUGCAUAUCGGAGCGUUUCUCGAAUUGCUACCUACAAAGUCGCCCACUGACUUUGAAUUGCGAUUGGAUUUUGCCUUUAUAAUACUCAAUAGAGAACAUUUUAGUAAGAAUCAGCAUUUUUCGCAGCGGCAGGUCCUCUUCACUCGAGAUGGUCGAAAGCAUGGGUGCAAAACGUUAAUCGAAUUGUCCUAUCUAUGUGGUGAUAAGUUCCUCUCGGACGAUAACACUUUUUUGUUUGAGGUGGAUUUUUCCAGCCCAAGAGUAGAUCUUCUAGUCCAAUUGUACAGCACCGAGGAGCUAAUUCACUUCCUCUGCAACAAUUACGUGGACAGAUACAAUGCUGAGGAUGCAGAGCACGGUCCAAUUUUAUUUGAGUCUGGUCCUUUUAACGCAAGUCGCGAACCUUGGCAUCUUGGAGUGGCGAUAUCUCACGCCAGCAUAUUUGGUCCAGACAAGGAAGUGAAAAAAGUCAGUCUCUACAUUUUUCGUCGUAGAGGGCGCAAAAGUCCGUCUGAAGUAUCUGGUCGACACCUCUCAAUUAUUGAAUUCGCGUGUGAAAUUGAGUCCCAGACGUCGGGUCGACGGUUGCAAUUUCUUCUCGAUCCCGACUGUGGAAUGUCCUUGAUGGAGGAGCUUCCACAAAAUGAAGCAAAUGCUGUGUCAACUCUGGUGCGGGAGCAAAUUGCAUCUCACAUUGCAAAGAAAGUGUCUUUCAAGUUUUUCAAUCCCAUUUUGCAUGUAAAGCUUAAAUCCGUACGACUGAGACAUCUCACUCCACGAGAACUAGUACUUCUGAGGCCUCCGUCUCCGCUAUACUGCUCGACAGUUCCCUUCGAUCCUGUAAAUACCUAUUGGACCGCAUAUGCAUAUCCAAUCGGGAAUGAACUCAGUCUUGGGCUUCGGGUAGCAGUCAAUAAGAACAAGAAACUUCUAGCCAAUAACUGCGUUGACCUGUUGUGGUGGAGCGCUCACGCAGACAAUGGAAACGUUAAAAAAGCGAAAUGUCUAGAUGAGAAUCGAAAGGUUGCCCUAAGUGUGGCAACGCGUUUUCACCAGUUGGAUAGUGUGGAAGUAUCUAAUCUUGGCGUUGAUGGUUCAGUCUCUGAUGAUGGCGUGCCGACGGAGGCACUAUCCCCAUCCCAAUGUUCCAUUGGAUUGCCUCAAAAAGAACAGAAUAAUUUUCUAGUGAGUAACAUUGCAUUUUUGCAUUAA